UCAAAUUGAUGUUACAAAAUGGUCUGAAUUAGAUUUUUGCUCAAUCGAAAAUUCUUCUUUAUUCCUAUUGGUUGUGUUAUAAGGAGUACACCGAGUUCGAAGUUAAAUACGGUCAGAAUGAACUAUUUAAUGUUUCCAUUACUGGCGGCAAUGGUAAGUGCCAGGUAUCAGCAGGAAUUUCUCAGACCAUUUAAAACUCUUCCCGGUAACUCCCUGGUGAAUUUGGGGAAAAUUGACAUAUCAUUCUAUAUUAAUCCCCGCCAUCAAGAUGUACCAACAAAAUCCGAGGAAUUUAGCCAUGGGCCUUUGCUCUCCACAGUAGAAGGACCUUGUCCCUGUUCUAAUUUCAAGAUGGUUAAAGACACAGUAAAAAAACCUUCAGACAUACUAGGAAAAAUCCUUUCUGGAAAUGAUUUGUUUAAGUAUAAAGAACCAAUGUCUUCAAUGUUUUGUUGUGAUUCUCACGAGAAUGUACGUGAAGAAAUCAUAUUAGAGUUCGGUCCGAAAAAAACUCAAACAGUUGAGAACGCACAGAAUUCUUUCCCACUACUACCAUUCAUUUUCGAUAAUUUUCAACGACCAAAAUUACCAUUGAUGUCACCAAAGACUAGUGCUGUGGAAAUACUAUUCUAUCCGAAAAACUCAGCAGUAUCCAAUGAUUUUGAUAACGUUUUCGCACAGCGGAACAUUAAGAAGUUGAAUCCUGUCAAAAAAGACACUAUUAAGAUCGUAGGUGAUAAAGAAAUUAAGAAUGAUAUUAAAUCCGGUCAAUUCAUACCCCCAAUACCAUCUUCGGUCAAAAAAGAUUUAACCGGUCAAUUUUCAACCAUUGGAAUAAAAGAAGAAACAACCAACCCUAAUAAUAAGUCUAACAACAUUUAAUUUUCAUCAUACUUGGGAAUAAGUAUUUAUGUGUGAUCUUUUGUGAUGUCAUAUAUUAAAUAAAGGAGGUAGAAAAUUCGUAAUGAA